CAAGCUUUUGUCGUUUGACCAGCUUAAUCUCUCUUAUAUUUCUCACCAAGGGUCACUCUCUCCCUGCUAUCAGAAUCUCUCUCUCUCUCUCUCUCUCUUUCUCUCUGGCCUGGAAGAGAAAAUGAGGAAGCCCUGUUGCGAGAAGAAAGGGGGGAUGAACAAAGGAGCGUGGACGAAGCAAGAAGACCAGAAGCUCGUUGACUACAUCCACAAACAUGGCGAAGGUUGCUGGCGCUCUCUCCCUCAAGCCGCAGGUUUGCUUCGUUGUGGGAAGAGCUGUCGACUGAGAUGGGUCAACUACUUGAGACCAGACCUUAAACGUGGCAACUUCGGCGAGGAUGAAGAAGACCUCAUCAUCAGGCUGCAUGCACUCCUCGGGAAUAGGUGGUCUCUCAUCGCCGGAAGAUUGCCGGGACGGACGGACAAUGAAGUGAAGAAUCAUUGGAACACCCACUUGAGAAGAAAGCUCAUGCAGAUGGGGAUUGAUCCCAACAAUCAUCGGCCCCGACCUGCCGUCUCUGGUCUGAACAAAUCGCUCGGAUCGAACAGUAGCUCGACGUGUAAACCUGAGAACUCACAGGAAGAAGAAGAAGAAGAAGAAGAAGAAGAAGAAGAAGAAGAAGAAGCGGGGUCCUUGCUGCAAUGCUCGAGCAAACCCAAGAGCGCUACCAGCUUCCUGCCCGACCUGAAUCUCGAACUCACGAUAGGCCCCCCGUUGAUCGAAGAGCAACGACAUUUGUCGCACGUGGAGUCUGCUCAACUUAGUUUCUCGAAUUUUCCAACUAGUGUAAGCUGAUGGCUAAAUUGUUUCGGCACCAAUUUGAGAUCAUCUGAUGAGUCUUUUGUUAACAAAACGAUUCGCUCACAUCAAUCACGAGGUUGGAAACAUGGUAGAAGAAGUUUUGGACAUAGUUCCUUGCAACACGUUCCUGUUAGGGUUGAGGAUGAAGACCCCUUAGUCGAAUUGAAACGUGGAGACAUUCUCUCGUGACGAGU